CCCGGUCACUAUGAACAAUGGCCCAGCUAUACUACAAAAAGGUGAACUACUCGCCGUACCGAGACCGGAUCCCGCUGCAGAUUGUGCGAGCGGAGGCAGAGCUCUCGGUGGAGGAGAAGGCCUACCUCAGCGCUGUGGAGAAGGGGGACUAUGCCAGCGUGAAGCAUGCCUUGCAAGAGGCCGAGAUCUACUACAACAUCAACAUUAACUGCAUGGAUCCUCUUGGUCGCAGCGCCCUUUUAAUAGCCAUAGAGAACGAGAACCUGGAGAUCAUGGAGUUACUCUUGAACCACAGCGUGUACGUGGGAGAUGCUCUGCUAUAUGCAAUACGGAAAGAGGUGGUGGGGGCUGUGGAGCUGCUGCUGAAUUACAGGAAGCCAAGCGGUGAAAAACAGGUUCCAACCCUGAUGAUGGACACCCAGUUUUCAGAAUUCACUCCAGAUAUCACCCCAAUAAUGCUGGCGGCUCACACCAACAACUAUGAAAUCAUCAAACUGCUUGUCCAAAGACGGGUCACAAUUCCACGGCCACACCAGAUCCGAUGCAACUGUGUGGAAUGUGUCUCCAGUUCGGAGGUGGACAGCCUGAGGCAUUCCCGGUCGAGGCUGAACAUCUACAAAGCCUUAGCCAGCCCUUCUUUGAUUGCCUUAUCGAGCGAGGAUCCCAUCUUGACGGCUUUCCGACUGGGCUGGGAGCUGAAGGAGCUCAGCAAGGUGGAAAAUGAGUUCAAGGCUGAAUAUGAAGAGCUUUCCCAGCAGUGCAAGCGUUUUGCUAAGGACCUUUUGGAUCAGGCACGGAGUUCCCGAGAAUUGGAGAUCAUUCUUAAUCACAGAGAUGAUCAAAGCGAAGAGCUGGAUCCCCAAAAAUGUCAUGAUUUGGCAAAGCUAAAGGUAGCAAUAAAGUAUCACCAGAAAGAGUUUGUCGCUCAGCCAAACUGCCAGCAGCUGCUCGCGACUCUCUGGUACGAUGGCUUUCCAGGAUGGAGGCGGAAACACUGGGUGGUGAAACUGUUGACCUGUGUCACCAUCGGACUGCUGUUCCCCAUGCUAUCCGUGGCGUACCUGAUUGCACCGAAGAGCAGGCUGGGACUGUUCAUUAAAAAGCCAUUUAUAAAGUUUAUCUGCCACACCGGCUCUUACCUAACGUUCCUCUUCAUGCUGCUGCUGGCAUCGCAGCACAUCGUCAGGUCCGACCUCCACAUGCAGGGACCGCCACCCACCAUCGUGGAGUGGAUGAUCCUGCCCUGGGUUCUAGGUUUUAUCUGGGGAGAGAUCAAGGAAAUGUGGGAUGGAGGAUUCAAUGAGUAUGUACAUGACUGGUGGAAUCUGAUGGAUUUUGCAAUGAACUCCCUCUAUCUUGCAACAAUCUCCCUUAAAAUUGUUGCCUAUGUCAAGUAUAACGGUUCUCGUCCAAGGGAGGAAUGGGAAAUGUGGCACCCGACGCUCAUCGCAGAAGCCCUCUUUGCAAUAUCCAACAUUUUAAGUUCCCUGCGCCUCAUAUCCCUGUUUACAGCAAAUUCACACCUGGGACCCUUGCAGAUUUCUCUGGGACGCAUGCUGCUAGACAUCCUCAAAUUCCUUUUUAUCUACUGUCUGGUGCUUCUGGCUUUCGCCAACGGACUGAACCAGCUUUAUUUUUAUUACGAGACCAGUGCCUCGGAGGAGCCCAACAACUGCAAGGGGAUUCGAUGUGAGAAACAGAAUAAUGCCUUCUCCACACUUUUUGAGACCCUCCAGUCACUCUUCUGGUCUGUGUUUGGCCUGCUGAAUCUCUACGUCACCAAUGUGAAAGCCAGACAUGAGUUCACGGAAUUUGUCGGGGCCACGAUGUUUGGCACCUACAACGUCAUCUCCCUGGUCGUGCUGCUGAACAUGCUCAUAGCCAUGAUGAACAACUCCUACCAGCUCAUUGCCGACCACGCAGACAUUGAGUGGAAGUUUGCCCGGACGAAGCUCUGGAUGAGUUAUUUUGACGAAGGUGCCACUUUGCCCCCUCCUUUCAACAUCGUCCCGAGUCCCAAGUCGGUCUGGUACCUCUGCAAGUGGAUUCACACCCAGCUGUGCCCGGGCAGCACCUCCACGAGCGAACAGAAGAGGCACGAGAACCUCAAAACGUUCACAGAACGGCACGCGGACAACCUGAUUCAGAAUCAACAUUACCAGGAAGUGAUCCGAAAUCUUGUGAAAAGAUACGUUGCAGCUAUGAUAAGAACUUCCAAAACCAAUGAAGGUUUAACUGAAGAAAAUUUCAAGGAAUUAAAACAGGACAUCUCGAGCUUUCGCUAUGAAGUUCUUGACCUCUUGGGAAACAGGAAGCCCCAGAGGAGAAGUUACUCUACCAGCAGCACUGAGGUGUCCCAAAAGGAUGAUGCAAAUGAGGAUGGUAUUGAAGAAAAACCCAAAGCCAAGAGUGUGUCUUUCAAUGUAGCCAACAAAAAAAAAGAUUUCAAUGUAUCUGCUCUAAUUAAAACUAUGUCUGGGAUUGACGUGGUGGAUGAGAAGCCAAAAAGCAACGGGAUCAGUAAGCGCUCCUUCAUCCGCAACGGCAACAGAGUUCAGAGACUCUCCAGUGCCAAGAAGGAGUCCUUUAAGAGGCUGGGGCUACUAUUCUCCAAGAUGAACGGACACGUACCCGAAACAAACUCGGAGCCCAUGUACACGAUUUCAGAUGGAGUUAUUCAGCCACACUACAUGUGGCAAGACAUUAAAUACUCUCAGAUCAAUAGAGAGAGAGAAGAGAAUUGCUCCAAAAGCGAAAUUAACCUCAAUGAGGUGGACUACAGUGGGAACACGAGACUCAUGGGCCAGAGCAAGGAGUGCCCUGGGGUUUGUACCAGCUCCCUUCACUGUGCUUCCAGUAUUUGUUCCUCUAACUCCAAACUUUUAGACUCCUCGGAAGAUGUAUUUGAUUCAUGGGGAGAUGCUUGUGACUUGUUUAUAAACAAGUGGAAAGACGGGCAGGAAGACCAUGUUACAACACGGUUAUAAGUAAAGCUAUCUAACACCUGCUAGAAAACUUAGCUAGUUAUUUGUAACGGUUUGCUAUCACCCGGAUCAGCGGUACCAUUUCCAUUCUGUCCAUAGGA